AUGACAAUUUUUGAAGGAGAGGAUGGUUUCGGAGAAAAGGAAGAAAAGAUCACAGAUUACCACAGAGGCUGCUUGGAAAAAAAUGUGGUAAUAGCUAACCCUUCUGAACCUCCACCACCAGGAAUGUGUGACAAAUCACUUGGAAUGAGUGAUGAUAGUAUUGAUGGAACCGUGUCUUACUCCUCAUCUACCACAAACAGUGGCAAAGGAGGGCUUGAAAAUCCAUGGCUGCCCGAGUCUGACAAGUUUACUGGAUCAUUUAUUAAAGUUGAUUUUCAACGACUAGGCUUCUUCACAAAAAUUGAAAUGAAAGGUGGAAUCAUUAAUGGAAGAACAGGAUAUGUAAAAGAAGUUAGAGUAGAAAUCCUCAAAGAAAUAAAUAAUAAAGAUAGCUGGAAGGAGGUCGGUACAUUCAAAGCAAACACAGAUGUCACUACAAUAGAGAUUGUGAGUUUCAACAUAACUAUGGGAUAUGCAAUACGAUUGCAACCAAUCAUUUGGGAAGACUCUCCUAUAAUUGGAUUUGAAGUGUUUGGGUGUCUACCUGGCCAACCAGCCACAACACCUACACAAUCUCCAAGUAUUACCUCUGAAAAAACUUCAACAGCGUCAACCCAAACUACAGGCACUCAAGCUGGUGCCCCAGGAACAAGCCCACCUUUGAUUCCAACAACCACAGGACCCGCUUCUACAACUACAGGUUUAGAAACUUGUCCGGAUGAUUCGCCAAAGGGCCCAUUAACUUUGAAUAGUGUGACUUCACCAAAGUCUCCAGAUGGUGCUGAAAACGCUUUGAAACCUACAGGGUGGACACCGUCACCUGGUGACGAUAAUCCUGUUUUAGAGUUAAAACCAACUGACAGUACUCCGAUAAUGAAUAUUGCUGUUGAAACAGAAUUUGUUGACAGUGUUGUUUUCAAACUUUAUAAAGAAGGCGUUUUAGUUGCGGAGAAAACUGUAAAGGUAAAAUCAACUGGUGUAGCAGAAGUGGAAUUUGUAAAACCUGUGUUGGCUGACGAAAUAAAAUUGGCUAUCAUACCAAACAAAAAUCCUAAUGAAACUCCGGUUGUUAAAAAUGUUGUCGUGGAGGCUUGUAUUAAAGCUGUGACCACAGGACAACCGGCCACAACACCUACAUCGUCUACUGUGUUUACCUCUGUAACAACUUCUACAGCGUCAGCCCCAACUACUGGCACUCAAGCUGGAGCCCCAGGAACAAGUCCACCUUUGAUUCCAACAACCACAGGACCCGCUUCUACAACUACAGGGUUGGAAAUUUGUCCGGAUGAUUCGACAAAGGGCCCAAUAACUUUGGAUAGUGUGACUUCACCAACGUCUCCAGAUGGUGCUGAAGACGCUUUGAAACCUACAGGGUGGACACCGUCACCUGGUGACGAUAAUCCUGUUUUAGAGUUAAAACCAACUGACAGUUCUCCGAUAAUGAAUAUUGCUGUUGAAACAGAAUUUGUUGACAGUGUUGUUUUCAAACUUUAUAAAGACGGCGUUUUAGUUGCGGAGAAAACUGUAAAGGUAAAAUCAACUGGUGUAGCAGAAGUGGAAUUUGAAAAACCUGUGUUGGCUGACGAAAUAAAAUUGGCUAUCAUACCAAACAAAAAUCCUAAUGAAACUCCGGUUGUUAAAAAUGUUGUCGUGGAGGCUUGUAUUAAAGCUUUGACCACAGGACAACCGGCCACAACACCUACAUCGUCUACUGUGUUUACCUCUGUAACACCUUCUACAGCGUCAGCCCCAACUACUGGCACUCAAGCUGGAGCCCCAGGAACAAGUCCACCUUUGAUUCCAACAACCACAGGACCCGCUUCUACAACUACAGGGUUGGAAAUUUGUCCGGAUGAUUCGACAAAGGGCCCAAUAACUUUGGAUAGUGUGACUUCACCAACGUCUCCAGAUGGUGCUGAAGACGCUUUGAAACCUACAGGGUGGACACCGUCACCUGGUGACGAUAAUCCUGUUUUAGAGUUAAAACCAACUGACAGUUCUCCGAUAAUGAAUAUUGCUGUUGAAACAGAAUUUGUUGACAGUGUUGUUUUCAAACUUUAUAAAGACGGCGUUUUAGUUGCGGAGAAAACUGUAAAGGUAAAAGCAAAUGGUGUAGCAGAAGUGGAAUUUGAAAAACCUGUGUUGGCUGACGAAAUAAAAUUGGCUAUCACACCAAACAAAAAUCCUAGUGAAACUCCGGUUGUUAAAAAUGUUGUCGUGGAGGCUUGUAUUAAAGCUGUGACCACAGGACAACCGGCCACAACACCUACAUCGUCUACUGUGUUUACCUCUGUAACACCUUCUACAGCGUCAGCCCCAACUACUGGCACUCAAGCUGGAGCCCCAGGAACAAGUCCACCUUUGAUUCCAACAACCACAGGACCCGCUUCUACAACUACAGGGUUGGAAAUUUGUCCGGAUGAUUCGACAAAGGGCCCAAUAACUUUGGAUAGUGUGACUUCACCAACGUCUCCAGAUGGUGCUAAAGACGCUUUGAAACCUACAGGGUGGACACCGUCACCUGGUGACGAUAAUCCUGUUUUAGAGUUAAAACCAACUGACAGUUCUCCGAUAAUGAAUAUUGCUGUUGAAACAGAAUUUGUUGACAGUGUUGUUUUCAAACUUUAUAAAGACGGCGUUUUAGUUGCGGAGAAAACUGUAAAGGUAAAAGCAAAUGGUGUAGCAGAAGUGGAAUUUGAAAAACCUGUGUUGGCUGACGAAAUAAAAUUGGCUAUCACACCAAACAAAAAUCCUAAUGAAACUCCGGUUGUUAAAAAUGUUGUCGUGGAGGCUUGUAUUAAAGCUGUGACCACAGGACAACCGGCCACAACACCUACAUCGUCUACUGUGUUUACCUCUGUAACACCUUCUACAGCGUCAGCCCCAACUACUGGCACUCAAGCUGGAGCCCCAGGAACAAGUCCACCUUUGAUUCCAACAACCAUAGGACCCGCUUCUACAACUACAGGGUUGGAAAUUUGUCCGGAUGAUUCGACAAAGGGCCCAAUAACUUUGGAUAGUGUGACUUCACCAACGUCUCCAGAUGGUGCUGAAGACGCUUUGAAACCUACAGGGUGGACACCGUCACCUGGUGACGAUAAUCCUGUUUUAGAGUUAAAACCAAAUGACAGUUCUCCGAUAAUGAAUAUUGCUGUUGAAACAGAAUUUGUUGACAGUGUUGUUUUCAAACUUUAUAAAGACGGCGUUUUAGUUGCGGAGAAAACUGUAAAGGUAAAAGCAAAUGGUGUAGCAGAAGUGGAAUUUGAAAAACCUGUGUUGGCUGACGAAAUAAAAUUGGCUAUCACACCAAACAAAAAUCCUAAUGAAACUCCGGUUGUUAAAAAUGUUGUCGUGGAGGCUUGUAUUAAAGCUGUGACCACAGGACAACCGGCCACAACACCUACAUCGUCUACUGUGUUUACCUCUGUAACACCUUCUACAGCGUCAGCCCCAACUACUGGCACUCAAGCUGGAGCCCCAGGAACAAGUCCACCUUUGAUUCCAACAACCACAGGACCCGCUUCUACAACUACAGGGUUGGAAAUUUGUCCGGAUGAUUCGACAAAGGGCCCAAUAACUUUGGAUAGUGUGACUUCACCAACGUCUCCAGAUGGUGCUGAAGACGCUUUGAAACCUACAGGGUGGACACCGUCACCUGGUGACGAUAAUCCUGUUUUAGAGUUAAAACCAACUGACAGUUCUCCGAUAAUGAAUAUUGCUGUUGAAACAGAAUUUGUUGACAGUGUUGUUUUCAAACUUUAUAAAGACGGCGUUUUAGUUGCGGAGAAAACUGUAAAGGUAAAAGCAAAUGGUGUAGCAGAAGUGGAAUUUGAAAAACCUGUGUUGGCUGACGAAAUAAAAUUGGCUAUCACACCAAACAAAAAUCCUAAUGAAACUCCGGUUGUUAAAAAUGUUGUCGUGGAGGCUUGUAUUAAAGCUGUGACCACAGGACAACCGGCCACAACACCUACAUCGUCUACUGUGUUUACCUCUGUAACACCUUCUACAGCGUCAGCCCCAACUACUGGCACUCAAGCUGGAGCCCCAGGAACAAGUCCACCUUUGAUUCCAACAACCACAGGACCCGCUUCGACAACUACAGGGUUGGAAAUUUGUCCGGAUGAUUCGACAAAGGGCCCAAUAACUUUGGAUAGUGUGACUUCACCAACGUCUCCAGAUGGUGCUGAAGACGCUUUGAAACCUACAGGGUGGACACCGUCACCUGGUGACGAUAAUCCUGUUUUAGAGUUAAAACCAACUGACAGUUCUCCGAUAAUGAAUAUUGCUGUUGAAACAGAAUUUGUUGACAGUGUUGUUUUCAAACUUUAUAAAGACGGCGUUUUAGUUGCGGAGAAAACUGUAAAGGUAAAAGCAAAUGGUGUAGCAGAAGUGGAAUUUGAAAAACCUGUGUUGGCUGACGAAAUAAAAUUGGCUAUCACACCAAACAAAAAUCCUAAUGAAACUCCGGUUGUUAAAAAUGUUGUCGUGGAGGCUUGUAUUAAAGCUGUGACCACAGGACAACCGGCCACAACACCUACAUCGUCUACUGUGUUUACCUCUGUAACACCUUCUACAGCGUCAGCCCCAACUACUGGCACUCAAGCUGGAGCCCCAGGAACAAGUCCACCUUUGAUUCCAACAACCACAGGACCCGCUUCUACAACUACAGGGUUGGAAAUUUGUCCGGAUGAUUCGACAAAGGGCCCAAUAACUUUGGAUAGUGUGACUUCACCAACGUCUCCAGAUGGUGCUGAAGACGCUUUGAAACCUACAGGGUGGACACCGUCACCUGGUGACGAUAAUCCUGUUUUAGAGUUAAAACCAACUGACAGUUCUCCGAUAAUGAAUAUUGCUGUUGAAACAGAAUUUGUUGACAGUGUUGUUUUCAAACUUUAUAAAGACGGCGUUUUAGUUGCGGAGAAAACUGUAAAGGUAAAAGCAAAUGGUGUAGCAGAAGUGGAAUUUGAAAAACCUGUGUUGGCUGACGAAAUAAAAUUGGCUAUCACACCAAACAAAAAUCCUAAUGAAACUCCGGUUGUUAAAAAUGUUGUCGUGGAGGCUUGUAUUAAAGCUGUGACCACAGGACAACCGGCCACAACACCUACAUCGUCUACUGUGUUUACCUCUGUAACACCUUCUACAGCGUCAGCCCCAACUACUGGCACUCAAGCUGGAGCCCCAGGAACAAGUCCACCUUUGAUUCCAACAACCACAGGACCCGCUUCUACAACUACAGGGUUGGAAAUUUGUCCGGAUGAUUCGACAAAGGGCCCAAUAACUUUGGAUAGUGUGACUUCACCAACGUCUCCAGAUGGUGCUGAAGACGCUUUGAAACCUACAGGGUGGACACCGUCACCUGGUGACGAUAAUCCUGUUUUAGAGUUAAAACCAACUGACAGUUCUCCGAUAAUGAAUAUUGCUGUUGAAACAGAAUUUGUUGACAGUGUUGUUUUCAAACUUUAUAAAGACGGCGUUUUAGUUGCGGAGAAAACUGUAAAGGUAAAAGCAAAUGGUGUAGCAGAAGUGGAAUUUGAAAAACCUGUGUUGGCUGACGAAAUAAAAUUGGCUAUCACACCAAACAAAAAUCCUAAUGAAACUCCGGUUGUUAAAAAUGUUGUCGUGGAGGCUUGUAUUAAAGCUGUGACCACAGGACAACCGGCCACAACACCUACAUCGUCUACUGUGUUUACCUCUGUAACACCUUCUACAGCGUCAGCCCCAACUACUGGCACUCAAGCUGGAGCCCCAGGAACAAGUCCACCUUUGAUUCCAACAACCACAGGACCCGCUUCUACAACUACAGGGUUGGAAAUUUGUCCGGAUGAUUCGACAAAGGGCCCAAUAACUUUGGAUAGUGUGACUUCACCAACGUCUCCAGAUGGUGCUGAAGACGCUUUGAAACCUACAGGGUGGACACCGUCACCUGGUGACGAUAAUCCUGUUUUAGAGUUAAAACCAAAUGAAAGUUCUCCGAUAAUGAAUAUUGCUGUUGAAACAGAAUUUGUUGACAGUGUUGUUUUCAAACUUUAUAAAGACGGCGUUUUAGUUGCGGAGAAAACUGUAAAGGUAAAAGCAAAUGGUGUAGCAGAAGUGGAAUUUGAAAAACCUGUGUUGGCUGACGAAAUAAAAUUGGCUAUCACACCAAACAAAAAUCCUAAUGAAACUCCGGUUGUUAAAAAUGUUGUCGUGGAGGCUUGUAUUAAAGCUGUGACCACAGGACAACCGGCCACAACACCUACAUCGUCUACUGUGUUUACCUCUGUAACACCUUCUACAGCGUCAGCCCCAACUACUGGCACUCAAGCUGGAGCCCCAGGAACAAGUCCACCUUUGAUUCCAACAACCACAGGACCCGCUUCUACAACUACAGGGUUGGAAAUUUGUCCGGAUGAUUCGACAAAGGGCCCAAUAACUUUGGAUAGUGUGACUUCACCAACGUCUCCAGAUGGUGCUGAAGACGCUUUGAAACCUACAGGGUGGACACCGUCACCUGGUGACGAUAAUCCUGUUUUAGAGUUAAAACCAACUGACAGUUCUCCGAUAAUGAAUAUUGCUGUUGAAACAGAAUUUGUUGACAGUGUUGUUUUCAAACUUUAUAAAGACGGCGUUUUAGUUGCGGAGAAAACUGUAAAGGUAAAAGCAAAUGGUGUAGCAGAAGUGGAAUUUGAAAAACCUGUGUUGGCUGACGAAAUAAAAUUGGCUAUCACACCAAACAAAAAUCCUAAUGAAACUCCGGUUGUUAAAAAUGUUGUCGUGGAGGCUUGUAUUAAAGCUGUGACCACAGGACAACCGGCCACAACACCUACAUCGUCUACUGUGUUUACCUCUGUAACACCUUCUACAGCGUCAGCCCCAACUACUGGCACUCAAGCUGGAGCCCCAGGAACAAGUCCACCUUUGAUUCCAACAACCACAGGACCCGCUUUUACAACUACAGGGUUGGAAAUUUGUCCGGAUGAUUCGACAAAGGGCCCAAUAACUUUGGAUAGUGUGACUUCACCAACGUCUCCAGAUGGUGCUGAAGACGCUUUGAAACCUACAGGGUGGACACCGUCACCUGGUGACGAUAAUCCUGUUUUAGAGUUAAAACCAAAUGACAGUUCUCCGAUAAUGAAUAUUGCUGUUGAAACAGAAUUUGUUGACAGUGUUGUUUUCAAACUUUAUAAAGACGGCGUUUUAGUUGCGGAGAAAACUGUAAAGGUAAAAGCAAAUGGUGUAGCAGAAGUGGAAUUUGAAAAACCUGUGUUGGCUGACGAAAUAAAAUUGGCUAUCACACCAAACAAAAAUCCUAAUGAAACUCCGGUUGUUAAAAAUGUUGUCGUGGAGGCUUGUAUUAAAGCUGUGACCACAGGACAACCGGCCACAACACCUACAUCGUCUACUGUGUUUACCUCUGUAACACCUUCUACAGCGUCAGCCCCAACUACUGGCUCUCAAGCUGGAGCCCCAGGAACAAGUCCACCUUUGAUUCCAACAACCACAGGACCCGCUUCUACAACUACAGGGUUGGAAAUUUGUCCGGAUGAUUCGACAAAGGGCCCAAUAACUUUGGAUAGUGUGACUUCACCAACGUCUCCAGAUGGUGCUGAAGACGCUUUGAAACCUACAGGGUGGACACCGUCACCUGGUGACGAUAAUCCUGUUUUAGAGUUAAAACCAAAUGACAGUUCUCCGAUAAUGAAUAUUGCUGUUGAAACAGAAUUUGUUGACAGUGUUGUUUUCAAACUUUAUAAAGACGGCGUUUUAGUUGCGGAGAAAACUGUAAAGGUAAAAGCAAAUGGUGUAGCAGAAGUGGAAUUUGAAAAACCUGUGUUGGCUGACGAAAUAAAAUUGGCUAUCACACCAAACAAAAAUCCUAAUGAAACUCCGGUUGUUAAAAAUGUUGUCGUGGAGGCUUGUAUUAAAGCUGUGACCACAGGACAACCGGCCACAACACCUACAUCGUCUACUGUGUUUACCUCUGUAACACCUUCUACAGCGUCAGCCCCAACUACUGGCUCUCAAGCUGGAGCCCCAGGAACAAGUCCACCUUUGAUUCCAACAACCACAGGACCCGCUUCUACAACUACAGGGUUGGAAAUUUGUCCGGAUGAUUCGACAAAGGGCCCAAUAACUUUGGAUAGUGUGACUUCACCAACGUCUCCAGAUGGUGCUGAAGACGCUUUGAAACCUACAGGGUGGACACCGUCACCUGGUGACGAUAAUCCUGUUUUAGAGUUAAAACCAAAUGACAGUUCUCCGAUAAUGAAUAUUGCUGUUGAAACAGAAUUUGUUGACAGUGUUGUUUUCAAACUUUAUAAAGACGGCGUUUUAGUUGCGGAGAAAACUGUAAAGGUAAAAGCAAAUGGUGUAGCAGAAGUGGAAUUUGAAAAACCUGUGUUGGCUGACGAAAUAAAAUUGGCUAUCACACCAAACAAAAAUCCUAAUGAAACUCCGGUUGUUAAAAAUGUUGUCGUGGAGGCUUGUAUUAAAGCUGUGACCACAGGACAACCGGCCACAACACCUACAUCGUCUACUGUGUUUACCUCUGUAACACCUUCUACAGCGUCAGCCCCAACUACUGGCACUCAAGCUGGAGCCCCAGGAACAAGUCCACCUUUGAUUCCAACAACCACAGGACCCGCUUCUACAACUACAGGGUUGGAAAUUUGUCCGGAUGAUUCGACAAAGGGCCCAAUAACUUUGGAUAGUGUGACUUCACCAACGUCUCCAGAUGGUGCUGAAGACGCUUUGAAACCUACAGGGUGGACACCGUCACCUGGUGACGAUAAUCCUGUUUUAGAGUUAAAACCAACUGACAGUUCUCCGAUAAUGAAUAUUGCUGUUGAAACAGAAUUUGUUGACAGUGUUGUUUUCAAACUUUAUAAAGACGGCGUUUUAGUUGCGGAGAAAACUGUAAAGGUAAAAGCAAAUGGUGUAGCAGAAGUGGAAUUUGAAAAACCUGUGUUGGCUGACGAAAUAAAAUUGGCUAUCACACCAAACAAAAAUCCUAAUGAAACUCCGGUUGUUAAAAAUGUUGUCGUGGAGGCUUGUAUUAAAGCUGUGACCACAGGACAACCGGCCACAACACCUACAUCGUCUACUGUGUUUACCUCUGUAACACCUUCUACAGCGUCAGCCCCAACUACUGGCACUCAAGCUGGAGCCCCAGGAACAAGUCCACCUUUGAUUCCAACAACCACAGGACCCGCUUCUACAACUACAGGGUUGGAAAUUUGUCCGGAUGAUUCGACAAAGGGCCCAAUAACUUUGGAUAGUGUGACUUCACCAACGUCUCCAGAUGGUGCUGAAGACGCUUUGAAACCUACAGGGUGGACACCGUCACCUGGUGACGAUAAUCCUGUUUUAGAGUUAAAACCAACUGACAGUUCUCCGAUAAUGAAUAUUGCUGUUGAAACAGAAUUUGUUGACAGUGUUGUUUUCAAACUUUAUAAAGACGGCGUUUUAGUUGCGGAGAAAACUGUAAAGGUAAAAGCAAAUGGUGUAGCAGAAGUGGAAUUUGAAAAACCUGUGUUGGCUGACGAAAUAAAAUUGGCUAUCACACCAAACAAAAAUCCUAAUGAAACUCCGGUUGUUAAAAAUGUUGUCGUGGAGGCUUGUAUUAAAGCUGUGACCACAGGACAACCGGCCACAACACCUACAUCGUCUACUGUGUUUACCUCUGUAACACCUUCUACAGCGUCAGCCCCAACUACUGGCACUCAAGCUGGAGCCCCAGGAACAAGUCCACCUUUGAUUCCAACAACCACAGGACCCGCUUCUACAACUACAGGGUUGGAAAUUUGUCCGGAUGAUUCGACAAAAGGCCCAAUAACUUUGGAUAGUGUGACUUCACCAACGUCUCCAGAUGGUGCUGAAGACGCUUUGAAACCUACAGGGUGGACACCGUCACCUGGUGACGAUAAUCCUGUUUUAGAGUUAAAACCAACUGACAGUUCUCCGAUAAUGAAUAUUGCUGUUGAAACAGAAUUUGUUGACAGUGUUGUUUUCAAACUUUAUAAAGACGGCGUUUUAGUUGCGGAGAAAACUGUAAAGGUAAAAGCAAAUGGUGUAGCAGAAGUGGAAUUUGAAAAACCUGUGUUGGCUGACGAAAUAAAAUUGGCUAUCACACCAAACAAAAAUCCUAAUGAAACUCCGGUUGUUAAAAAUGUUGUCGUGGAGGCUUGUAUUAAAGCUGUGACCACAGGACAACCGGCCACAACACCUACAUCGUCUACUGUGUUUACCUCUGUAACACCUUCUACAGCGUCAGCCCCAACUACUGGCACUCAAGCUGGAGCCCCAGGAACAAGUCCACCUUUGAUUCUAACAACCACAGGACCCGCUUCUACAACUACAGGGUUGGAAAUUUGUCCGGAUGAUUCGACAAAGGGCCCAAUAACUUUGGAUAGUGUGACUUCACCAACGUCUCCAGAUGGUGCUGAAGACGCUUUGAAACCUACAGGGUGGACACCGUCACCUGGUGACGAUAAUCCUGUUUUAGAGUUAAAACCAACUGACAGUUCUCCGAUAAUGAAUAUUGCUGUUGAAACAGAAUUUGUUGACAGUGUUGUUUUCAAACUUUAUAAAGACGGCGUUUUAGUUGCGGAGAAAACUGUAAAGGUAAAAGCAAAUGGUGUAGCAGAAGUGGAAUUUGAAAAACCUGUGUUGGCUGACGAAAUAAAAUUGGCUAUCACACCAAACAAAAAUCCUAAUGAAACUCCGGUUGUUAAAAAUGUUGUCGUGGAGGCUUGUAUUAAAGCGGUGACCACAGGACAACCGGCCACAACAGCUAUAUCGUCUCCUGUGUCUACCUCUAGAACAUCUUCUACUGCGUCAGCCCCAACUAAUGGCACUCAAGCUGUAGCCCCAGGAACAAGUCCACCUUUGAUUCCAAUAACCACAGAACCCGCUUCUACAACAACAGCGUCUGAAGAAUGUCCGAUUGAUGCGGUAAUAAGUGAAUUGCGUUUUGAAGAAGUCAGGUCUUCAUCUAAUCAAGAAGAAGCUGAUAAUGCUUUGGAAACAGUUGGAUGGACACCAUCAGUUGACGACAAGGAAAUGUUACUAGAGCUACUCACGAGUCCCGUUAAUCCGAUAAUGAAGGUUGUUUUGGACACAGAGAAUGUUGACUUUAUUAAGAUCAGAUUUUCUAGAAGCGGCAAAAUAAUUUACGAAAUGAAUGUUCAGGUAUGUAUUUUGUCUGUUGAUUUACCGCAGCGUGUCCCAGACCUGCCCAAUAUUAUAAGAAGCUUUGAUACAUGA